UAGUAAAUUGCUAAUGUUUACAUACAAAGAUGAUUAAUAAGGUGCAUUAUGUGUACGAUUUUCGGUUGUGUUUGAGUAAUUACUCGUAGAAAUGGCAGGGACGCAUUCAGAUGGAGAAGAAAGGUUAAACUGGAUAGAAUUCUGCGACAGACAAGCAAGAUCAGCAGCUGCGGAGUUCGCAAAAGCGUUUUGUACGUAUGUGAGCGUCAGUCUUCCAGAAAAUGCGAGGACAACUGUGUCACACAGAGAUUUCGUCAGAAAAUUCCUCGACUGUUUCGUUGAUCAUUUUGAAAUUGAAUACUCUAGAAGAAGUCUGAUUAACCAAAAAGAUAAAUUCGUUAACGGCAACAACGUGUUCGCGGCAUCAUCUGCAAACGCUUUACGCGCUAACAGUCACGAAGAAUUUAGUGAUUACUCCGAACACGAAGCGGAUUCGCCAUCUCCGAAGACGCAGCACAAGCCUUUUUUCCGACGGCUCUCUUUCAAGGGACUUAAAAAAGGUAAAGGUUUCUUCCAUAAACAACAUUCAGAUGAAGUUGAACUGUCAUCGCAUCAUCAUCACCAUCACCACCACCACCAUCAUGACAGACAUUCAAAACAUGAUAAACAUUCCAAAACAAAAUUAGCGAAAAUUGUAGUUGAGUGUAGGAAAGAGGGAAUAGUGAACUUUUUGAUGGGUGAAAAUAUCGAUGGAACACAAAAGUGGGAAAAGUGUCGCCUGGCAUUGGUGAAAACUGUUGGUGGCUAUAUGCUUGAGUUUUAUUCACCGCCUAAGGCAGUGAAACCAAAAAGUGGUGUCUUUUGCUUUCUUAUUACCGAAGCAAGAGAAACAACUGCUUUAGAAAUGCCGGAUCACGAGAAUACCUUCGUAUUAAAGGCGGAAAACAACAUGGAGUAUGUUAUCGAAGCACAUGAUACAGAUGACAUGCGGUCAUGGCUUGCCACAAUUAAAUACUGUAUGCGUUCUCCAAUGCCAACCAGUGAUAGUCAGGAUGGGAGCCGCAGUCUGCUAGUGAGCCAGAGUGAUUCGAGAGGUGUACCAAAGACUGAAGGUGCAGGAGAUGGUUUAAGCGCAGAAAACCCUCCUGAGCUGCCACCAAGACUUCAAGCAGCAGGACUCCCUCGUGUAGCAUCAGACACUCCGGGACUUCGUCUUUCCAGUAACAGUCAUUUUGAACUCUGUACGUCCCACACAGAUAUGGAGCAAACAGCUGCACCAGUUCCAGAAACGGAGGCAGAUUUAUCGACUGCACUUAAAGAGUACCCAUGGUUUCAUGGAACAUUGCCGAGAUCAGAUGCAGCUCAACUUGUCUUACGCGACGGAGCUGCCGCACAUGGCGUCUUUCUUGUGAGACAGAGUGAGACACGCAAGGGUGAAUUUGUGCUAACUUUCAACUUCCAAGGAAGAGCAAAGCAUUUACGAAUGACGCUCAGUGACCAAGGCCAGUGUCGUGUUCAACACCUCUGGUUUACCAGCAUCUUCGAUAUGCUGGAUCACUUCAGACAACAUCCAAUUCCACUAGAGUCAGGUGGCACGGCCGAUGUCACGCUGACUGAGUACGUGCUGGCACUGCCUCCGGUCACUCCACCGUCCACGACGAGGCCUGUCGUGCCAUCCGCUGCGGCAACCUCGGUUCCUGCCCAGCCCACAGUGCAGCAGCUCCCACCUCAGCCGCAGCCCCAGCCUGCAGGGCCGCAGCAGCCACAGCAGCCGCCAGCCGCGACGCCGGCCGUCAGCGGAGCGACAGCUGCCGAGGCCAGGAGCCGGCCACCUCCUCCCCCAGAACCCAUCAGAGAAGUUUGAGUGAAGGGGGCCUUCAGCACUCAAGUCAAACUGCCAGAGAAAUUAUAAAGUGAUAACAUAUGGAGGAUCAGUUCGAACAAGAACAGAAUCAUUAGAGAACUUGCAGCAGGAAAGACAAAGUGGAUCUGGUGGAUCAGUUGGUGCUGGACGUGCUGUAGAAAAUACUUACAGCUUUGUCUAAUGCAAUAUAACAAUGGACUGUGAGCGUCUGAAUCUUCUUCCUCUGCAUUCUGUUACCUGCUACUGAGUUAUCUUAUUUGUUGAUACAAAAGUGUACCGUUAACUGUCACAAAGUUUCUUUGUGAAGUGUUUUAGUUAUGCAGUGUUCCUUGUCAGAUAUCUGAGAUGAGAGGUAUCUACUCCUUAGUGGAGUAAACUCAGCGGUGUGUAUUUGGCUAGUUAAAAUUGUGUGCUGGACCUUUGAGCCUGUAGAAGACAUGCUUUUACAGUGGAAUUGUUUGUCCACUAGAGGCAUGGACACUGGCCUUGCACAUCAUUUUAACUUGUCACAAGUGUAUAACCGAGAUGUAUAUAUCAAUUUUGCUUUGGCCACAUAUGCCCAAUACCUGGUUUUUGUGCUGUGGUUGCAUUUUAAAAAGAAGUUUCAUGCAGCUCUGUUAUUUGUAAAUUAAUUUAUAUAGGUAUGGUAAUGUGGUACAAUAAUUAUUUUGUCAACACACAUCAACAACAACAAAAAAUUGGUCCGCCUCCGUAGCGCAGUGGUAGCGUUAGUGCCUAUCACGCGAUGGGGCCCGGCUUUGAUUCCCGGCAGGGGACUGGGUGUUGUGUGUCCAUCAUCAUCAUUUUCAUCAUCAUUAACAUGCAAGUCGGUGAAGUGGCGUCAACUAAAAAGACUUACAACACGGCGGCCGAAUCCCGAAGGAGAUAUCCCGGCCAAUAAAUGCCAUACGAUCAUUUCAUUUCAACAAAAAAUUGUGACUGAAGAAGUAGAGCAUUAAGAUUGUUUUCAUGAUAUCACUCGUUACAUCUUUUGUGGGAACAUAUUGGCUCAGAGCAUUGAAGAUAGAAUUUUUUUAGGAGUGUCAUUGGUGCAUGUAAGCUACCGCAUUAAUCAACCCAGGAAGAAAUGAAACCAACAGUAUCAGUGAAUGUUAUUUAAGUUAAUUGGUGUAUAUGUAUAUUUGUGUGAGCUGCUAUUUCUUGCCCAAACAGUAUCUGAAUAGUUGGUUUCCCACUGUUCUCUUUGCCCCCUCAGUGUAUACAUGACGGUAGUGGGGAUUUAGGGAAAGUAUUCAUUUUGCACAUUGUAAUUUUUAUUUUUUACAACUGCCUAAAAGUUGAGACAUUACUGUCACAAGCAGUUACUUUGCUUGUUUAAUUAGCAUUAUUAUGUAAUAUGUACAAACUGAGAUAAAAUGGUGCUAGAUACUCAGCAUUGCAUUAUUGUUCAAGAGUUUAACUCAGCUAAAGUAAGUUCAUAAUUAGUUUGAUUGUGAAUCUGGAAAAUACUCUGGACAUUGGACAUUUGUUUCCAUAUUAUUUUUAUUGGAGGUAACAGGCUAUAUAUAGAGUAGGUUUUAAUAGUUAGAAGAAUGAAAAAAAGAAAUUGAUAAGCACUGUCACAGUUUGCACUGACAAACAUACACGAUGUGACCUCUCAUAUUGACUGCAACCAACCAAAGAGAUACAGAUCUGUUCAUUUGUUAAACAUAAGUAUUUCCACAUUUUUAAUUGCAAUAUAUGCUUG